UGUGUUUAUCUCUCAGUUCAGUGAUGGAACAGUGAGCAAUAGUUUCAGACCACUCAGUGCCACCUCUAAGGACCUUUUAUGACUCCAUCUGCCAAGGAGGAUGGUUCCAAGUUGAACUCAGGCAGGGUUUUCUGAAACUCUUACUGCUCAGGAAGUGGAUUGUGUGGUCAGGGGGCUGAGCAGAGCUUAGAAAAUAAAGCAUCAUCUAUUUACAGCAAAGUCUCAGUUCAUGUAUAGCUCAAGUACCUGCCUCCAGCUCACUAUGCCCAAAUCUAAUCAAGCUUCUCUGCAUUCCACCAGUGCCUGCCAGUUCCCUACCAAGAUUUAAAGCCCUGAAGACACAACUCCUAUCUUGGUGUGCCAGGCCAGCCAUGCCAAGAUCUUUCCUAGUGAAGAGCAAGAAGGCUCACAGCUACCACCAGCCCAGGGCCAGCGAUGGCGACUACAGCACGCAGCAGGGCAAUGUCCUGGCUUUUACCUGUGCAGAGAGCCGCGUCAUCCCUGCGAUGCAAUGCAGAUUCUCUCCGGUCUCCUCUAAUCUGGGCGAUGGCACAGAUUUAUCAUCGGAUUCCCCUGGCAGCAGGGAGGGCAGCGUGUGUGAGACAAGCCCCUCUGAAUGUGAAGAUUUCUGGAGACCUCCUUCCCCGUCUGUCUCCCCAGCCUCAGAGAAGUCCAUCUGCCCCUCUCUGGAUGAGUCCCCGCCCUACUCUGUGCCCUUGAAGCCGUACGCCUGGGAUGUACUUGCCCGCUCGGAGCUGCGCCAGUUGGUUCACAGUUACCGACCCACAGCGCUGGACAAAAGCCCCUCACUAUACGGAGAGCGGGAAGCCCAGGCCACUCCCACUUCGCUCUACAGCUCAGACAGAGGCUUGCGUGGACUGUACGGAGACUACAGGCAGGUCAUAGGUCGCUAUGGAGACCCCAGAAGCCAGACUCCGCUGUAUGAGGAUAAAGCUCAGAGCAUUAAGAUGGAGUCCGACCUACUCUGCACGCGGCUGCUACUCAACAAUGGCUCAUACAAAUGCCUUAAAUGCAGCAAGGUUUUCUCCACACCACAUGGACUCGAAGUCCAUGUACGAAGGUCUCACAGUGGUACAAGGCCAUUUGCUUGUGAAAUGUGUGGAAAAACCUUUGGCCAUGCGGUCAGCUUAGAGCAACAUAAGGCAGUACAUUCCCAGGAAAGAAGCUUUGACUGUAAAAUAUGUGGCAAAAGUUUUAAAAGGUCAUCAACACUUUCCACUCACUUGCUAAUCCAUUCGGAUACCAGACCAUACCCAUGUCAGUAUUGCGGCAAAAGGUUCCAUCAGAAAUCUGACAUGAAGAAGCAUACAUUUAUACAUACAGGAGAAAAACCACAUAAAUGCCAAGUUUGCGGCAAAGCGUUCAGCCAGAGUUCCAACCUGAUUACCCACAGUCGCAAACAUACUGGUUUUAAGCCAUUUGGCUGUGACCUGUGCGAAAAAGGUUUUCAGAGAAAAGUGGAUUUGAGGAGGCAUCGGGAGACCCAACAUGGACUUAAAUGAACCUGGCUCAAAAAGUUCUGCUCUGGUUCCUCAAAGGAAAUCUACACAUAUAGCAGCCUGAGAACACUAUAUGAACUUAACCGAAAAUCUGUGGUGUUGACUCAUUACCACUAACAAUGGUGGAAUGUGCAGAAAUCUCAGUUUUGAGUUUACUCACCACAUUGUACCAUCAGACUCCUGACCUUCAGAAACAGCAAGUCUUCUGUGACAGAGUUCCAUCUGAUGAUAAGAAAACGUAUUAUACAGAGUACCACAGACAGUGUGGAGGAAUAAACCUUAUGCGGUAACAACUAAAGACAAGCAAUCUGGGCUACCACCUGUAGCUCAGGAGACAAAAACAAUGAUAAUGUGUGUAUGUCAUUUACACACACACCAGCAUUUCAUCAUGGGCAGUUGGCGAAAUUGACAUUCAUUUCAUCAAGGACCAUUUAUUCUCACAUUGUUAUUUUCCACUAUUUAAAGAUGACAUGUUUACUAUAGCUACAGGCCUAAAGUUUUAUUACUCAGACAGAAGUGACUUUGACAGACAACCUAUGGUAUAUCCAGGAAACAGAACUUUCAUAUGCUUCUCCAGCAGUUUGUCAGUCCCCUGUCCAGCUGUGGUCUUAAGUAAUAGUGAAAGUAAUAUUCCCUGUUGAUCUGGAAAGGAAACAGAAUGAAGGAAGGGGGGGGGGGUUUGGUAAUGAUCCAGUCUGGUUAUUUCAGUUAUGUGCACUUGUGAAUUGUCUGUGUCUGUUGAGAAAGUAGAAGCACCCUGAUAACGUCUAAUUUGCUUCCUUGAACCUAUGUCUCGGCUCCCAGAUUAAAGUUAAGAUAAUAAUAAGGUUAUAAGAGCUUCUCCUUGAAGGGAAGUUCUAGCAAGUACAGUGUUAUAGGGAAGACAGUAAUGCAGAUUUCAAGAACAGCAAUAGAACAUAAGAUUGUAAAAUUAGUUUGCACUUUUCUCUCUAUAAAUUGGUUGUUUUUGCCUUUUCUGACCAAUAAAGGGGAGAACAUAAUUUAUUCAAAUACUUUUCCAUAGGGGCAAUUUCCAUAACAUGUAAUAGAACAGUGCCAUCUGACAUACUGUUUUAUAUAUGUGUCUUGUUUAUUUUUUUUAAACCAUUUUUUCCCUUUUAAUGCUAAUCAGAAAGGCAUUUAGCCAGGCCUACAGAGUACACAGUUUAAAUGCAAUGCAAGAGUGUUUUUGUCAGUUGUCCUUUACCUGAAGGGACUUUUGGGAACAGCAUACACUUGGGGAACCAAGUACAUGUCAUUAGCACGAAGAAAAUGAGAAUGUUUGUCUGUUUCCAUUUAAAUGUAAUCACUUGUGUUAGCUGAUAAACACAGUAUACCUCUUAAAGGAGAGCUAAAGCCUAAAAUGAAUAUGGCUAGAAAUCCUAUAUUAGAGAACUUAUUUACCAGCAGAGAGGUGCAGUAGCUCUAUAACAUUAAUGAUUCAUACCCUGGAUCUUGUUAGGCCAUCUUUUCAGUGCGAGUGGCACUGCACAUGCUCAGUAUGCUCUAGGCAACUCCAUCACUUUUGGCUUGUGAAUAAGCCUAAAACAUAAUGUGUAGCAUUUCUAUGAUGCUUCUUUUUUAAGCAAGACCUAUAUAGCAUUACUUAAUGUUUGUUGAUUAACUGCUUAUCCACAGUUUGCAUCUGUUUGUGACUAUGUGUAUAUAUAUAUAUAUAUAUAUAUAUAUAUAUAUAUAUAUAUAUAUA